AGAAGAGGAGCUGCAGCAGCUAGAACGCCCCUUAGGCUCUUAGGGCUGAAAACACUCCCAUUCCUCGUCUCUGAGUGGACCUCAGGAGCGCACAUUCUCACACACACACAGAGUGAGGGAGGGAGUUGUCUGGUCAAACCUGUUGCAGCCACAUACUAAUAUCUCCCACCCUGAACCAACACUUCCCCCACACACAGAGACAGAGAGACAGCGAGAGAGAGAGAGAGUGAGGGUCAGAAGAAGUCUCUCCCAGUCGACAAAGCCCUUCCUUGGUUAAGCCUCUGUGAGCCGCCAGUGAGCCACUGGCCCUUAGCAACACGAUCCAGAGGAUCUGCUCUGCUGCUCUACUCUGCGUCUCCACUCCCCCGCCACCCCUGUGGAGAGUUUGAAGAAGAAGGAAAAAAACACAGAAGAAAGAAAGAAACUGGGGGAGCGGGGGAGGCAGACGCCUACACAGAGAAGAGGAAAGCUUGAAACAGCUGCAGAGAACCAACGGAGAGGAGAGCAAAUAGAAAUCAGACGAGGGGAGAAAAAGGGCCAUAAAAAUCAGUGGAAAAGAGGCGGUUGAAGAGACUAUAGUGGAGCGAGGUUCGAGAGCGAGAGCCAAGCUGCAGCCAGUCACCAAAGCCAGUGGAAUGGACCUCGACGUCGGUCAGAUUAACCCACGCCUGCCCACCGUGCAUUCCGAGGAGGAAAGCUGAACCAACUGACCUCCACCCCCAAAAACUCAAUGAGGAUGAAGCUAACAACAUGAGCUGAGCUAACAACACGACAAUAUGCUGAGCUAACACGUUCCUGUUUUUCUUCAGCAGUGUUACUGCCUGGGGUUAGCGUUAGCCGCUAGCUGACUGGCAGUAGAAGAGGAGGAGAGCCGGGGGCCACCGAGCACCGCUGGUGUUGCUGCCCAGGAGAGGCAGGGCAGUGCAGGAGAGGACCAGAGGGACGACGAGAGGGCGGUGGGGGAGGGAGAGGUGGCGGUGGUGGGCGGGCAGCGGCACAUGGCCGUGCAGCGGCUGGUGACGGCAGCGGUGGCGGUGGCCCUGCUGUCCCUGGUCCUCAACAACGUGGCGGCCUUCACCCCCAGCUGGGUGCUGCAGGCCCUGGAGGAUGGACGCAAGCGCAGCGUGGGGCUGUGGAGGAUGUGUCCCGUCAUGACUGGAGGAGAGAGAGGCCGGGAUGAACACGGUGUUGGGGGGUCCAAUAGGAGAGGUCAGGGGUCUCAGAGGCCGUGUGAGGGCCUGGGCUGGGGCUCGGAGUAUGCAGGCUACCAAGAGUCCCGCAGCACCGUCAAAUUGCAGUUUGACAUGAUGCGAGCGUGUAACCUGAUGGCUACGGUGGCACUGACGGCCGGGCAGCUCAUCUUCCUGCUGGGCCUGAUGGAGCUGCCCUUCGUCACCCAGGACUCCCAGUGGUGGGAGGAGGCCAUCGCCGCGCUGUUCCAGUUGGCCAGUUUUGUGCUGGUGAUCGGCUUGGUGACGUUCUACCGGAUUGGCCCGUACACACACCUGUCCUACUCGUGCUACGUGGACAUCGCCGCCUGCUUAUUGGCCACGCUCGCCGCUGCCAUGCUCAUCUGGAACAUCCUGCAUCGCCGCGACGACUGCCUCACACCCCGGGUCAUUGUCAUCAGCCGCUCGCUGGCGUCGAACUUCCACCCACGCCUCGACAAUGACUAUGUGGAGUCGCCCUGCUGAGCCCCCGAGCCCUGACUCUUGAACCUCACAGGGUGAAGAAUAGACAAUGCUCUGACAGUCUCUGCAUAUUUUCACCCAAACAGGUGCCUCAAUUAUUUACUCUACAGAAGACACAUGUUUUGUUGUGGCUCUACCUGUGCUGGACUAACAUGAUUUCACUGUUGUACAGUUCUACAUCUUUGAACUUCAUGGCGACCAGUGGAACUCAAAUUUUUUCCCUGGACUGAGUAACGCUCCUUGAUGCAAGGAUAGUGUCUCCAUAAAACAUCCAGCUAACACAUCUCUAAAUCAAAAAAAAAUAUGAAUGAUACACAACAUGGCCAAAAGUAUGUGGACACCUGCUCGUUGAACAUCUCAUUCAAAAAUCAUGGGUAUUAAUAUUGAGUUGAUCCCUCUUUUGCUGCUAUUACAGGCUCCACUCGUCUGGGAAGGCUUUCCACUAGAUGUUGGAACAUUGCUGCGGGGACUUGCUUCCAUUCAGCCACAAGAGCAUUAGUGAGGUUGGGCACUGAUGUUGGCCUGGCGAUUAGGCCUGGCUCGCAAUUGGCA